CAGAAUUGAAACAACAAAACCCACAGCCAUACAAUACAAAAUCCUUAGCUAAGCAAGGAGGGAAUUGAAGAAGAAGAAGAAGAAGAAGAAAGAAGUAGUGCCUCCAGGCCACCAUCAUCCUCAGCCGCCAUCUGUUUUCUUCAAGCUAAGGAAUGUGGAGAUAAGCUUAGCUGCGCUAAGCUAUCUGGUUGGGUGAAGAGAGACUGGAAUUUCUUAAUGCUGCUUUAGUUAGGUCUGCUUUGAUCAAGCUUAUCACAAAUGGCUUAUGCUGCUGUAACUUCGCUUAAAGGAACACUUCAUCUACACUUCUUGCAAUCACAACCACGCUUCCCUCUACAACACAACCAACAGAUACUUAUUUCUCUCCAUCAAAAUCUUGGUUUCCUCCAAGAAGUUCUUGAGAAAUCUGAGAUCGCCUAUAAUAAUUCGGCAAUGAAAGAUUUAGAGGCAGAGAUGAGAGAUGUAGCUUUCGAAGCUGAAGAAAGGAUUGAGAUGGAAUUGAGUAGCAUUUAUCUUCAAUCAAGCAGUAUAGACAAGGCUUGCCUCCUCAGGCUUCAUGGAAUCUUCAAGCAAGCAGUAAAACAGACUAAUUACCUGAAGAAGAAGUUGAUUAAGAUUAAAAGUAAAGACCAGUUUGCAAAGGGUCCAUCAAUCCUCGGUAGGAUGCGACAAAGAGGACUACUCCUUGGUUCAACAUCAUCGCAGCCUGCUGAUCCAGAACGCGAGAAUAAUAUUACUGUCAGUAAAUUUUCCAAAAAUGCUUCAAAGUUUGACAGUAGAAUGGUUGGAUGCGACAAGGAAUUCAAGACGAUAUUGGAUAAGCUUACGCAACAAUCAGCUGAGCAGCUCCAAGUUGUAUCAAUAGUUGGCAUGGGAGGAAUAGGCAAGACCACUUUAGCUCGGGAAGUCUACAAGGAUCCAUCAAUUACAUCUUAUUUUUACAAGAAAGCAUGGGUUACCGUAUCUCAAGAGUAUGACGUGGAACAAAUGCUCCAAUGCUUUACUGAUUGUGUUAAUCCAGCAUCAAAUGAUAUACCCCAUAAACAAAGAAACGACAACUUGAAGGCAUCAGUCCGUAAACAAAGCCGUAAACAAAGAAUUCACAACUUAUCAGGAAGUUUGCGUAAACACUUGAAGGAUCAGAGAUAUUUGAUAGUGAUGGAUGAUAUAUGGAGCACUACUGCUUGGGAUAGUGUGCAAAGAUGCUUUCCAGAUGAUAAUAAUGGAAGUCGUAUACUAUUGACUUCUAGACUCAGAGAGGUGGCAGAAUAUGCUAGCUCAGGUAACUCUCCUCUUAACAUGCCUUUCUUAGAUGCUGAUGAAAGUUGGAAUCUCUAUUGCAAAGUCUUUGGUAAAACUGAAUUCCUUCCAGUGUUUAAGCUAAUUGGUAGAGACAUAGUAAUGAAAUGUAAAGGAUUACCUCUAGCUAUUACUUUAGUAGCUAGUCUUCUCUCCAAGACAGAGGCGGCAGUGGAGAAGUGGAAUAAUGUUGCAGAAAACGUGAGUAGAUAUGUAAUUGGUGAUUCUAACGAUGCAUGUUCCAAAAUACUAUAUUUGAGUUACAACCAAUUACCACACCACUUAAAAGCUUGUUUUCUUUACUUUGGAGUUUUCCCUGAAGACUAUGAGAUCCAUGUGAAGAAGUUGGUUAGGUUGUGGGCGGCAGAGGGAUUUUUGAGGGCAGAGGACCAUUGUAAUAUGGAGGAACUGGCCAUGGAAUGCUUGCAAGAUCUUAUUGAUAGAAGUCUUGUUUUUGUUAGCAAGCAGAGCUACAAUGGAAAAAUGAAGAAAGUAAGAAUACAUGACUUGUUACGUGAUUUGUGCUUAAGAGAAGCUCGACAUGAAAAUCUCUUGUAUGUCAUUGGAGAUGAAAAACUUCCAUAUGACAAGAAGAAAAUCUCUUGUCGUUGGAUAAGUUCUACGUCAAAGUUGCAUCUACUUCCUUUGACAGAGUGCUUUCACAAAUCACAUUCUUUUCACUGUCCUUAUACCUAUUACUUUGAAAAUGUAGAAGGUCUAUUUUCACACUUCAAACUAUUAAGAGUAGUAGAUAUAGAAAGGACGCAUUCAUAUGAACUUAGGGUACUAAAUGUGCUUGCAAAUCUUCUUAUUCAUUUGAGAUACUUAGCUUUGGGGAGUUCAACUUCGGGGAGUUCAAUACUUACUGGCACCACAUAUUUUGAUUUAGAGCUCUUUGAAUUUGAGUAUUGGAAUAUACAAAGUUUUAUUGUUAGUGGAAAUCAUGUUGCAUUGGAUUUCUCUAAGACAUCUGGAAUUUGUAAAAUGCCACUAUUAAGGCAUAUUUACAUUGAACGGAUUGUUUCAUUAGGAGCUUUGCCAGUUGUUCAUAGAAACUUAGAGAGUAUAUCUUGGUUGCGUCCUGAGUUCUGUACAGAGGAUAUGUUUACCAGGAUUCCAAAUUUAAAAAAAUUGGGGAUGGAUGGUAGAUACGGUGAAAACAAUCUAGAUUGUUUUUAUAAUUUUGUGCACUUGGGGCAGCUUGAGAAGUUAAGCAUAAAAUUUUGGUAUAAUCACAACCGUAUUCAUCCAUAUAGCGGCAUCUCAUGGGCAACUAAUUUUCUACCAAAUCUUAAGAAGCUCAAAUUCUUCUGCACAAAUUUGGCAUGGAGUGAUAUGAGGCUUAUUGGUAUGUUGCCAAAUCUAGAGGUUCUAAAACUGAUAGAUGCUAUUGAUAGGAAAGACAGAAUGUGGGAGCCAUCUGAGGAAGGGUUCCGUCAAUUGAAAAGAUUGGUAAUUGAAGAUAUAUUUUUGGAAUGUUGGAGUGCCGUGGGUGACCAUUUCCCUCUGCUAGAAUGUUUAGAGUUAUGUGAAUGCAAUAAUUUGCAAGAGAUCCCUAGUGAUUUUGCGGAUAUCACCACACUAGCAUUGAUUCAGUUAACACGUUGUCCGGAUUCCCUUCUGGCUUCGGCAAAGUUGAUUCAAGAAGAGCAAUACAACAACUAUGGAAAUGCCCUCCUUGUUCGUUCAGAAAAAUAUUAAGGGAAGAAGGGAUGAUGAGGAGGAAGAGAGUGAUGAAUGAAUGAGUGCAUAAUGGUCUUUGCAUUUGUUUAUUGUGGAUGCUUUGGUGGAUUGGGGAGUUGGCCAGUUGGGGCAGCUUGAGAAGCUAAUCAUCAAAGUCUGCAUCUUGAAGGUACGUAUUCCGGGUAGCGGCAUCCCAUGGAUAAUUAGUUUUCAUCUAAAUCUUAAGAUGGACAACUUCAUUGGUACUUAUCGUUUGCCAUGAAGUGAUAUGAUCAUCAAAUCAUAUGAGGCUUAUUGGUAUGUUGUCGAAUCUCGAGGUUCUAAAACUGCUACAUGCUUGCAAAGUCAGAGUGGAAACCAUCUAAGAGAGGGUUCCGUCAAUUGAAGAGGUUGGCAAUUGAAAACACGAAACUCGGAUAUUGGAAUGCUAUGGAUAAAUAUUUUCCUAUGCUCGAAUGUUUAGAGUUACACAAAUGCGAUUACUUGCAACAUAUCCCUGGUGAUUUUGUCGAUAUCAAUACACUGGCAUUGAUUCAGUUAAAUGAGGGUUGCGAUUCCCUUUUGGCUUCUGCAAAGUGCAAAGUGGAUUCAAGAAGAGCAAAAUAGCUACGGAAAUUAUACCCUCCUUGUUCGUUCCAAAGAUAUUUGGUAUUUCAAUGAAAAAGGAGAAAGCUCAACUCUCACGGAAGGAUGUGAGUGAAUAGGAGGAAGCCAGGGAGUAAUAUGCUGAUGAAUAAUUUCACCAUUCUGUUUCUCCUUAACAUCUUAUUCUUAAGCACAGACAAAUGAGGAGGUGCUUCUGCUGCUGAAUCCCAGAUCUCCAAAGAUCAAGUUUAGAGGCACAAUUACCAAUAUCAGUUAAGUUGGUCAGACAGUUAAUAGUAACCAUAGGUUUCAAGUUCAACUUCCAAUUGGAGCGGUCUAUUAGCCUUCGUGGUUUCAGUCGGUCAGAUAUGGACAACCUAAAUUGGUUUACCUCAUUGAGGUCCUUUGUUGGCUAGGAGUUAUAAGGCGGUUGGUUUACCCAAUAUACACCUUCAAACAACGAUUUUGGAUUUCCCACAUCCCUAAAAAAAAAAAAAAAAGUUUAGAGGCACAAAUGAGAGGUGUUGGCUGUUUUGGUGAUCUGAAAUGGUUUGUGUUUCUGGGAUGAAGUUGCUGAUUAGAGUUUUAGGUUGGAAUAUCAGAAGCUGUGAUGACUGAUGAAUCUGCUAGUGGUUUUGUACUUGCUGUGGGUUGGAUAUUUUGGCUCAAUACUCUGUUACAUGAUGUACUAUAUCUAAUCUAUAAUUUUAUAAACAAUCCAUUUAUGAAAUAAUGUAAUUAUUAUUAAAAAUUUAUGGCAACUCGAAACAAGUUGAUA